AUGCCUUCCGACGAAGUUCCUCGUGCCCCUAGACCGCAGCCAGAAUCAUCUGCAGAGCCUUCAGCCUUUUUGGACAAUAGCAACAAUGUACAACCCCCCGCCGCUUCAGCUCCAGCCAAGAAAACACGCACUCGCAAAGAAAUCAAGCCCAAGUUCACCCCGGCCUGUGAAAACUGCAGGGUGAAGAAACUGCGAUGCACCCAUCGUCGUCCCAUCGGUCAGGAAAUCGACACCACCAGUGUCCAUGCAAAGCCCGCACAAUCCGAGAAACCAGAAGGGCCUCGAACAAAGCGACUCCGUAGCACGCUGCGCAACCCAGGCCACGAUGACUUGAUCGGAUACGAUACCGUGCCUGUGGCAGAGCCUGCUGAACCGGCUGCCCAACCGGGACGACAGGCCUUAGGUUUGCGAAAGCGCAAGCGCAGUCGUGAUGAGGCGGAGGAGUCUGCAAUUGGCAUUUCGGCGAAUCCCUUGAUUUCUGGCCCAAGUCAGCCUGCGAAGCAGAGGCAUGCGCCCCCGGCGGCGAAUCGGAGAUGGACUUUGCAAGAGAUUAGUACAAUUACAUGGUGUGACACCAUGGAGGAGAGAUUCCGGCGACGAUUGAAGACGGCCAAAGAACAGUGGCGCAGGCUAGGCGAGACAAUCGAGAUCGCACACGCACAGUUUGACGAACUUGUUGAGGAUAUGGACGCUAUGGGGCAUAUACUAAAAGAGUGGGAUGGAAAAUUCCCAGGCGCUUAA